AUGACCUCAAACUAUUGUUCAAGCAACGGAGAUGAGUUUCUUAUCAAGGACUUUCAAGAUCCUAUCAAGGCAAUUGUUCAAGCAACAUAUCCUGAUUUAUUAAAUAACUAUAGCAACAGAGAUUUCUUGCAAAAAAGAGAUGUUCUAGCCUCUAUGAAACAUGUUGUUGACAAAAUAAAUGACUAUGUCCUAUCUUUGAUUCCCAGUGAGGAAAAAGAAUAUUGUAGUGCUGAUAGUAUUGAUAAAUCUGAUGAACUACUAAGUCCUGCUUUCGGAGUACUAACACCUGAAUUUCUAAACUCAUUGGAAACAUUAGGAAUACCUAAUCACAAGCUCAAAAUCAAGGUUGGUACUCCCAUCAUACUACUAUGGAAUUUGGACAAUGUUGAUGGGUUAUGCAACGGAACUAGGCUUAUUGUGACAAGACUUGGUUCAAAUGUGAUUGAAGCAGAGAUUAUUACUGGACCCAAUGUAGGUCAUAGGACAUACAUAUCAAGAAUGAAUUUGUCUCCUUCUGAUUCUCCAUGGUCAUUCAAACUAAUUAAAAGACACUUUCCAUUCAUGGUUUCAUUUGCAAUGACCAUUAAAAAAUCUCAGGGACAGUCGUUGGCACUUGUAGGAUUGUAUUUGUCAAACCCAAUUUUUUCUCAUGACCAACUAUAUGUUGCAUUUUCACAAGUUUAA